UAAAGUUGAUUUUUUUUUAAAACAGUUACUUCGUAUUCGAUAGAUACAAUAAAUUCGUAAUAUCAUCAGAGAAGUAAAUUUGGUACCUUUCGUAAAUUUUCAUAUGUAAUUCAACAAAAUUGUGUUUUUUUAAGUCAAUAACAUGUGGAAAUUCGUAACGCGGGGCAUUCGUGAAACAUUAGAACGACGAUUAGAAUGCCGUACCAAUAUUUAUUCUCAAAUUAUUCGAGGCAAUAAUACCAAGAAUGAAGUUAAAAAGAAAUCAUUAUCAUGCAAUCAGGAAUGUAUCGGUACCAGUUAUUCCGCAUAUAAUAAUGAAUUUUGUGAAUCCACGAGAUCUAAGGGUGCAAAAGAUAAUAAUGAAGGUACCAAAUGGAAUACCAAACAUAAUUGGGCCGAAGCAGUUGGCUGGUCUAGUGUAUUGGCAGUUGGUUGGGUAGUCUGUCAAUCUUUAUGUUUUCACAGAAGAUUUUUUAAUAAAGAUAAAAAUGAAUUAUUAAAUUUUGAAAUAUCACUAUUAUCCAAGGCUCGCAUAUCUUAUCUCCUUAAUGAAAUAUUACAUCUACAACCAAAAAAUAUAUUACCGGUUACUAAUUGCAUAAAUACAACUAAUAAGUAUAUUAGUAAAGAAAAGACCAAUGAAAUUGAAAAUAAAGAGAUAUUUGAAAAAUCAUUUGGGCCUAUCACAGUCGAAGAGGCCUUCGAUAAAGCUGUAGAUGAAUUAAAUGAUGUUCAUAAAUUAGUUAUGGGAGAAUAUGAAUUACAUUUUGGUUUAAAAGCACUCGAUGAAAAGCGUUACAAUGAUGCUAUGAGACAUUUUUCAGCCGGGACAAAAUAUUCUUCGGUUGAAAGCAUGUUUAAUCUUGGUCUGUGCUAUGAAUUAGGACUAGGAACAUUGAUAGAUCAUGCAAAGGCUGCAAGGUACUAUGAUCAAGCGGCAAAAAAGGGUCAUGCAGAUGCAAUGUAUAAUUUGGGAGUUUUUCACGCUCAAGGAAAAGGUGAUCUUAUUUUAGAUUUGGACAGAGCACGUUUAUAUUUUAAAAAAGCUGCACAAUUAGGUCAGAUUCAAGCACAACAAGCGCUUGAUUUAGAAAAUAUUACAGUACAAUCAAAGAGUAAUGAUAAAUAUUCAUUAAAAGUUGAUGAUUUCCAUCGUGAAAAAUCUUCUAAGAAGCUACUUGCAAAACUAGAAAAUUAUACUAAUAUAUAUAAUAACCAAUCGCAUGCUGAAUGUAAUACAAACUCAUCUAAAUGCCAAAGCGUAGAUAAAGUUAAGAAUCCCACAGAAAUAUUUUUAGAUUAUUUAGGAUUAACUGAACCGAAUAUAGUUCCAGUUACAAUUAGUUUAGAUGAGUGUAGAGUACAAUGUUAAGUAUUUACAGUACAAAAUACUUAAAUAAAGCGCAAUAUAAUCCUGUAAUAUUAAGAAAUGUAUAUUAAAAAAAAAAUAAGUUU